GGUAUUCUCAGGGCGAAUCACAAUACGCGAUGCCGUCGAUAACUUGGUUCAGUACUCGGUCGCCAGCAAUGAAUACAAGGAGGUUCACCUGACCUUAGUCGAGGCUUUGAUGUCGGAGCUCAGCUCGGUCGUCGACCACUACGGACCGAAGGAGCUCUUCAUCUUUUCCGGGUUGGCUGCAGGCAUGCUGAGAGAAGGGCUUUUCGAGGAUCGUGAGGGCGAGGUUUGGGAGAAAGCGGUGCUUGAAGGGAUGAG